CAGAAGCACGCAAACUAAUUUUCACCGAUGAGCAGACAGUCGUGCCAGAGUGGGAGCUGCGCUCAGUUCACCUCUCCGGCGCUGCAGGUCUAUUAACAAAGAGACCUUAUUAGUAACAUCUUUUUUUUAUUUUGCGAGCGCUUGUUGCCACGGCGGACCGGAGUUUCCUUUUGGGGAUAAAGAGACUGCACACCUGCACUUCUCCUAAGCAACGACAACUUUAGGUGAAUGCCGUGAUGCCAUUUGGAUGCCUUGCCCUGAGAGAUGGGCGGAUUUAUGACAGCAUAUCUGAUGUCACGGACAAAUAUGAGUUUGGUCAAGUCCUUCGAGCGAAGGAGUUUUGUGAGCUGUGCCUGGCAAAGGACAGACAAACAGAAAAGGUGUUUGUCUGCAAGAAAUUCUUCAAGAAGGACGGAAGGAAAGUCCGCAAGGCCGCCAAAAAUGAGAUCAUGAUCUUGAAAUUGGUCAAUCACCCAAACAUCCUUCAGCUGAUAGAUACAUUUGAAACUCGAAAAGAAUACUUCAUCAUCCAGGAACUUGCCACAGGGGGGGAUGUAUUUGACUGGAUUCUGGACCAAGGGAAUUACACAGAGAGAGAUGCUUCGAAUGUUAUCAAACAAGUCCUGGAGGCUGUGGCAUACCUACACUCCCUCAACAUUGUUCAUAGGAACUUGAAGCUGGAAAACCUAAUGUACUACACAGAAAACAACCACAAGAAAGUAGUUCUGCGAGAUUUUUACCUCUCCAGAUUUGAGAAUGGACCAAUUACAGAGCCAUGCGGAACACCUGAAUACCUUGCUCCUGAAGUGGUCGCUCGUCAUCGAUAUGGCCGUCCUGUGGACUGCUGGGCGGUGGGGGUGAUAAUGUUCAUUCUCUUAUCGGGCAAUCCUCCUUUCUAUGAUGAAACAGAGGAAGAAAACACAGAUCUACAUAAUCGCAUCAUCUUCUGUCGCAUCGUUGCUGGGGACUUUGAGUUUGAUUCUCCUUACUGGGAUGACAUUUCACCUGCAGCAAAGGGGCUUGUGUGUAGACUUAUGGAAGUGGACCAGAUGCUGAGAAUCACAGCAGAGGAUGCGCUCCAGCACGAAUGGAUUGCAGGAAAUGGUGCUUCAGAGAAGAACUUGAAGGAUGGUGUAUGUGCCCAGUUUGAGAAGAACUUCGCAAAGGCCAAAUGGCGGGAGAUAAAGAAAGCAAUUCGUGUGACAACCUUCAUGCAACGGCUGAAGAACUCUGAAGCACUGAAUGACAGUUCACUUGAGGUUCAAAGUAGGGAACAGAUAGGAGAUGGCGAAGGGGGUGUUUCCCAGGGGACAAGUGAUGAGGGAGAUAAAGGGACAACAGAUGAAGGGAUUACAUCGAGCAGUGUUUCUUUAGAGGUUACUGUUGAAAAUACACAAGCUGGUAUGGAACAAGAUGAGGGUUCCGUUAAGAUAGAAGAAAGCCCAGAUGAAAUAAACACCUCAAGGGGUCCAUCAGUUGGAAAGACACCAUCAGAUGGGAAGGACCCUGUUGGACAAUCCAGUUCAGGUCCGAAACUAACACAGGAGGAGCUUAAUAUGACUGGGGUGAAGAAGGGAGCUACAGAUGGAACCAGAAAAAUUGCUGCCAAGUUGGGUCAAACUAAUGUUGUUCCAGAAGUUAAGCAGACUUCGGCGGUGAUUCCUGAACCAUCAAAGCUGCUAGAAAGUUCUCCAGGUGCAAAUCUGGACAAGCAGCACACAUCUGCCUCCCCUGAGCCAACUGGUAAACGUAAAAUGGCUGCAACACUUCACUGCUCUACCGCUGCUCCCACUGUGUCAGCUUCACCAGAGAAGCAACCAGCCACCCAAAGCACACACAAGGAUGAGACUGACAGAAGCUGGUGUCAGACACAAGUACCUGAAGCAGUUGCAGAGAGGUCAGUGGUAGCACCAGUUACAUCUUCAGUGGGGAUGGUAAGUGGGGUUGAUGAAGCACUAGGUGUUAGGUUGAGAGGUGAUGGCAGUCCUGUAGGAGGACGGGAUAGAAAUACCAGAAAAACAGACCGACACAGUGCCGAGUUUAGCAUAGCCAGGACCCCUGCUGCAGCCUCACAAAGUUAUUAUGUAGCUGGCAGCUCAGCUAGUUUGGGUCGACAUGCUGCACCAUACAACCCAGAGGGUAUCUCUGUAGGGAUGGGAAUGGCUGGGAGCUUUGGGAGUCCUUACAGUUCCCUCUAUACAAGCAGAGGAGGAGGAGUAGGCAUGUAUGGGACUGGUCUUCACCAUGGAGGAGGUGGGAGUAGUACCACAACUGAUUGGCAAAUGGACAGUGUCAUUGAGCAGAUAGAAAAGCAAAUGGUCGCCGUACUUGAGAAGAUUGAGGGAGACAUGCCAUCGCUACUUGAGCAAAUCAGUGACUGUCCUAGUGAGCCAGCACGGGCCAGGAGCACACAUGCUUCGCCUUCUGUUUCUCGUUCUCGUCCAACUCAACACUCCUCAACUUCAACCUCAACUACUCCUCCACCACUUCCCACCUCUCCAAGACCAGCACUACCUACACUCCCCCACCUCGGUAUUCCUCCUCCGACAUAUCCUCCACCAUCUCCACCCACACAAACCUCACCCCAGGCUGUCAGGGAGCAGGAAGACAAGGAUGGACAGAGAGGCGCAGCUCAGUCCAGCCAAUCGCCCAGGGCUGGGAUGGGUAGAGGACUAUGAGGCAGGAGUGAAUAAAGCAAUGCACACUGCAAAAUAUUUGAAAUUUUGAACUGAUUAUUUGGUGGUGAGAGUUUGAAGACUGUAAAGAAGAAUGAUUAACAGGAGUUUGAAAAGUUACUAUAUAUUGCUGAUUUUUAUGAUUCAUAUAAAAUGUCUGUUUGAGAAAAAUGCUAGUUAAAAUUGAGCUCAAUAUCCAAUAUUUCCAAAGCUUGUUUAAUUCUAAAAUCUUUACUGUGUGCCUGAACAUCUGCCACACAGCAAAUGUGUUACUAGCAUAUACAAGCAGCACUCUGCAAUGUUUAAAGGUAUAAAAAAUACAAUAAACUACCAAUAACAGAUGACAGGCACAUUUGUAUUAUUCUAUAUACUGUAAAUAAAUAGAAAAUUAGAUUCCUGAUUAUUACUUUGCUCCCAGAAUGUAAACCAAUUCCCUUCAUAGCUAGCAUAGCUUUUUACAAAGCAGCUUUUCCCAUUUAUUCUUUUAUUCCCUUUAUUUUUGUAGCUCUUCAGCUUUUGUUGGGGCUUAGAGUCACAUUGUGACACACAGAUAUGAAAGGCUGAUCUGAUCACACAAUUUCUUGAUUUGUGCAACAUAGAUAAACUUGAACUGUGACCAAAUUCUUGUGAGUUUCUAACCAACUGACAUUAUCCAGAUGCAACACACUGUAUAAAGGCUUUGCAAUCACGCAUAAAACAAUUUCUUUCAUUAAAGUUUUUCAAAAAUCGUGUCCACCAAAAUUGUAUCUUUUUUCUUGUUUGGUCAUCAUGGAUACUUUGUUAUUGUCACUUACACAGUCCUUCCUAUUUUCACUCCUCUGUCGUGUAAACUCUAUUUCAUUAUGCUUUUGGCUGUAUGUGCUAUUUUCAGGUUCUGUGGUAUUUUCCCCACUCUUAGUAUCAUUAUUCAUAACCAAUGUAAACUGUAAAAUGUGCUCUGUUUGCAAGUCUUUCAAUAAAACUGAUGAAAACAUCA